GAAAACACCGUGUUGGCCGCUCUCACGUUCCUCUCUGCUUUUACACUUAUUAUCGUUCUUUUCUUCCCUUUCGUUUAAAAAAGAAAUAUUAUGUAUUUUUUGUUCUAAGUGCGAAAAGUGUAACAAAACAGUCCCUAUCGGUGUCGUUUUGCUCGUUGCAGUUGACAUCUCUCGUUACCGUCAAACCACGAAGAAAGAGGUUGAAGUUGAAGCAUGGUCGUGUUGGCCUCCUCGCGAUAAUGUCGAUGACAUUCAACGGGAUUUUCUCUUCAGUACUUUAGAUAUUAUCAAGACUUUCACGCGAAUGAUGUAAACGCUCCUUCAUGUUCCAAGCUAUGAAUGUCACGACUAUAUUUGUACCAACAUAGCGGCAUAGCUCGCGACGGAUCAGCUUGUCGUGGAUAAACGGAUUGAAUUUGCAACAAGGAAUUUCAAUGAGGAUUUGCGACGGGACGUUGAAUGAAAAUUCUUCCAACGGAAAUCGCCACUCAAGUGAUGAACGCGAAUACGUUGAACUGAACUUCGAAAUCAUCAAGCAACGAGUGACAUCACAGCGCGAUUGCUCGAUGUGCGAUUUCAGGCACGAGCGCGUGUCCUUCGAGUUAUAGGAUAAUUAUCCGAUGCUCAUUCGCACGAAACCACAUCGGUGGAGACGUGCUCGCGCUGUUCCGGAGAAUUCGGAACAAGGUCAAGAGUCAAGUUGCUGCCAACGGAUCGGAAAUUAUCCUCGUUCACCCCUCCUGAGCGACGAUUUUCGGCGGGACACUCGGCGAUCUCUCGGCGAUCUCUCGGCGAUGUGGCCGAUAGGCGCCAAAUUCUUCCCACCAUGAGAGACGAUGUAACAUCCGUAUAGGCGUGCGUGAUGCCCGACGACUCGUGACGUAGUUUUAACCGGCUUUUAACCAGAGCGAAGUUCAGAGCGACGGAAGCUGGCCUAACCCGGAAGAAUGGCGUGCGAGGCCGAGCGUCGGAAAACGAAGAACUGCGUCGGUCGCCUAGGCCGACUCGCGUCGCGACGUGUGCCGAUUAUCACGUGGCUGCCGAAAUACAACACGGAGAAGUUCCUCAGCGACGCCAUCGCCGGCGUCACGGUCGGUCUCACGGUUAUGCCGCAGGGACUCGCGUACGCGACACUGGCUGGCUUGGAGCCUCAGUACGGCCUUUACUCGGCAUUCAUGGGAGCGGUGGUCUACGUGAUAUUCGGCUCUUGUAAGGACAUCACAAUCGGUCCUACCGCGCUCAUGGCACUAAUGACUCACGAUUACGUGCAAGGGAGAAACGCCGAUUUCGCCAUACUUCUCGCAUUCUUAUCUGGUUGUCUGCAGUUAUUAAUGGCAUGCCUGCGUUUAGGUGUGCUCAUAGACUUCAUCUCCAUACCGGUGACUGUGGGCUUUACGUCGGCGACGUCCGUCAUAAUCGUCGCUUCGCAGUUGAAAGGUCUGUUGGGCCUGAGAAUCUCGUCGCAAGGAUUUCUCGACACUCUGGCCAAGGUCUUCGAAAACAUCGGCGACACGAGUUUCUGGGACACCACGAUGAGCUUCUCCUGCAUCGCGAUCCUGUUGUUCUUCAGGAAAAUGAAGGAUAUCAAGCUGUAUACCGUCGGCAAGAAACCGAAGAACUAUCAACAUGUAAUCGCAAAGACGAUAUGGCUGCUCUCCACAGCGCGGAACGCCAUUAUCGUUAUCGUCUGCUCUGCCAUUGCUUACAAAUUUCACUCGCCCGAGACUGAGUCGUCUCCGUUCAUUCUAACCGGCCCUGUGAGGUCCGGUCUUCCGCCCAUUGGCCUGCCGCCCUUCUCCACGCGGCUCAACAAUCAGACUCUUACUUUCACGCAAAUGUGUUCAGAACUGGGCACUUCCAUAGUGCUGGUGCCAAUAAUAGCGGUGCUCGGCAAUGUUGCCAUAGCCAAGGCUUUUGUGAACGGCGGCAAGGUCGACGCCACCCAGGAGCUGCUGACGCUCGGGAUCUGCAACGUUCUCGGGUCGUGCGCGAGUUCCAUGCCGGUCACUGGCUCGUUCAGCAGAUCGGCGGUGAACCACGCGAGCGGUGUAAAGACGCCGAUGGGCGGCUUGUAUACCGGGAUCUUGAUUCUGCUGGCUCUCAGCUUCCUCACGCCGUACUUUUACUUCAUCCCGAAAGCUUCAUUAUCAGCUGUGAUCAUAUGCGCGGUGAUAUACAUGAUCGAAUACGAAGUUGUCAAACUAAUGUGGAGGUCGAGUAAGAAGGAUCUCGUACCGAUGUUCGUUACUUUCUUCUUCUGCCUCGCUAUUGGCGUGGAAUACGGUAUCCUAUUGGGAGUCGGCACGAAUUUAAUGUUUUUACUGUAUCCUUCCGCGAGGCCUACCGUUCAUGUCGAUAAACGGACAACUGAUCAAGGUGCCGAGUACUUGUUAGUCACUCUAGGUAACAGCCUGUACUUCCCAGCUGUCGACUUUAUCAAACAAUCGGUUGGCAACGUCGGCAUAAAGCAAGGAUCUAGUCAAGUGCCGGUUAUCGUCGACUGCAGAUACAUUUUAGGGGCAGAUUUUACAGCUGCUAAAGGUAUGAAAACGUUAAUUAACGAAUUCAGUGAUCGUAAGCAGGGUUUAUACUUUUACAAUCCACGAUCGGACGUCGUAGCUGUUCUGAAAGGUGCCUGCGGCGACGAAUUUCAGUACGUUUCAACUCAAGAAGAGCUCUCUUAUCUGUUAUCGACCAUACAAGAUAAAUCUUCGCAACAACUUCGUGAGCAAACGCACGACAAGUCGCUCAUAUCUAUGGCGUUAAAUAACUCGGAGAUGGUACAUCGGAAUACGCGUGGUUCCUGCCAUGACCUCAGCGAGGUCACGAGUACCCUCCUGCAUGCAACCGCGAGUUGAACUUAACAAAUGCGAAUCGAGACUCGCACUCAUCAAAGUUCUUACAUCGUGAUACUCUAUUUAUACGUGCAUGUGAAAUGCGUUUCCUCCUCUCUUCCCACCUUAUUCAACCGUAUACUUACAUCGAUAGGAGAAUAAAGACGUUGAAGAUUUUGUUAAACAUAUCUGAUGUAAUUGCAAUCCUUAUUUAACUGGCAUUAAGUACAUGAAACAAUAAAUUAAAAGCGACAUUGUUUUGUAGGGAUAAUAAAGUCGUUUCCUAAUGCAAA